GUUAAUUAUAGUACACUCCGGAGGAUAGAGAGGAAGGGAGACAGGAGGAGGAGGGGCGAGGAAAGCAGGGCUGUCUAUCAGCUGUGAUUGCAAGCAGGCUCGCAGAAUGCCGGGCUUAGAGGACCGCAUAGACGCCAUUGGCGGUCUCGGGGGGCUGGAGCUGAAUUCCCCGCGGGAGGCAAACGGACUGGUGGCGGAUGGGCCGGGGGCAAAUGGGCAGGUGGCAAAUGGGAUAGCGGCCCCGAUGGAGGAAGACCUCGCAGCAGAGGAGCAGCGGCGGCAGCGCGCUGCACAGAUGGACCGUGCGUCUGCACUGAUUGGUCAGCGGAUGCUGCAGGGGUGGGCCAUGCUCGACAUGAGCUGCCCCCAGUGCUACUCACCCAUCAUGCGCGACAGGCAGCGCCAGCUGUGGUGCGUGGCGUGCGAUAUGCGCGUGGUGGACGAAAGCCAGCAGACUGCCACCGAGCCGGCGGGGCCAAGUGUGGAGAGGGAGGGUGGGGCGGGCCAGGCAGCCACCCCGAAGCGGAAAACAUCUCCGGAAGUGGCGAGAGAGGCCGCAAUGGAGGGUAACGUGGGGGAGGAGGGGCGCGAGGCGAAGCGGCAGGCAACUGACUCGGCCCUGACUACCCAGCUGCCAAACCAUGCGGCAGCUGGAGCGACCAACCUGCAGAGUGCCGCACGGACGCUGCAAUCAAGCCUGGUCACCAAAGUAGAGGAGUGCCGGGAGGCCAUUCAAGAAUGUCGAGACUCAGAAGAGCUUACUCAGCUUCUUGAUCUCGUCCACAAACUUGCAUCAACUAUCCAGGCAGUCAAGGGGCUAGAACAAAUUAGUUAAGAGUGAUAGAGGUUGUCGACAUGGCUACAAUUUUGCAGGGCUUCCUUCAAGCGGCUUCGCUUUGGUGCCAAGUCGCAUAAAUAUUUUCAGUCGACACUUUCAAUAUUGCCAGCUCAACGUGGAGUUUUACCUUGUGAUGCCAGAGGGGCUACCGACCAUAAGCAGGCCGCCCUGUCAAUCGUCUAUGUGGUUGCAGCUGGCCCCCAGAACGGACAGGGCGCCGUGCGAAUAGACCCUUAUCAGCGCUUGCAAAGAUAAGGUUCAAUCAUGAAUGCAU